GCUCAAAUUCAAAUCAAAAUCUGAAAUCAUUUCGAAAUUUUAAUAAAUCGCCCUGCGCUAAUAAAGAAAUGUGGUUUAAUUAGUAAAAGUGCCGCAGUUAAAUAUUGCAGACCGUUUCGAUUUGUUUCUCUCGAUUAGCGUGACAUUUUAUCAUUAACAAGAAAAUAGUCAAAACAACAUCCAACGUGGACCAAUAAAAUGGACACAAGUCCGAUCUGUCACCUGUCGCUGUUUCCUAACCUGAAACCCACUAGAGUGCAGAACAAUGUUCGAUGAAUUACGUGUCCCCUAAACGAAAAUGUUCAAAUAUCUCAGUGUUUUUGUAAUAAUUGGAUUUAUUUUUUUCAUCCAGUGUAGCAAAAAUGAAGACAAUGAUGUUUUUGUUCCAACCAAAGAGUGGCAAACGGUUAGAAAAGGAUUAGGUGGAAGGCACCCGGAACCUUACUACGGCCGGCUCAUUGGACCUUUGCAGGAGUUCGCCCAUGGAAUAAAGGGAACUGUUUAUGCCGUGGACGAAAGCACGAUUUUCAUAAAGGGAUUCUCGUAUGAUGGAACAGGACCUGAUGCGUUUUUCUGGAUUGGAAACUCGCCAAGACCGAGUCCGGAGGGCAUUAUUAUUCCGUAUCCGGAGAAUUAUGCGGGAAGGGAGCCUCCGGUAUUACGAGCUUACAACAACACGAACAUAAUCCUAAGACUGCCGAUGGGUAAAAGAAUUAGAGAUAUCCGAUGGCUGUCCGUGUGGUGCCGGCGCUUUACGGUCGAUUUCGGCGAAGUUUUCAUCCCUCCAAACUUAGAAGUACCCAAGCCUCGAGUUCUUCCGGAAUUCAAACGACUGGCUCACGGCCUGCGCUCAGACAAUAUUAGCAUUUUAGAUGCCAAAACUUUUUACAUUCCGAAUUUGCACUACGACGGGGCUGGACCCGACGCCUACUUCUGGGUGGGCAACGGCAGCGAGCCCUCGCCCUUCGGCAUCAAGGUGCCCAACGAGAUGGGCUCGCUGGACCCGCUGCGGGGCUACCAGGGCGAGGACAUCGAGAUCCAGCUCCCGGGGUCCAUCACGGUCUACGACAUCGACUGGCUGGCCGUCUGGUGCGUGCAAUACCGGCACAACUUCGGACACGUCAUCAUCCCCAAAGACCUGGACGUGCCGCCGGCCCUCGGCCAGACCAAGAUCUCGCCGCCCUGGUGGUACAAUCCCACGAGCACUUCAAAGCCGUCAAGUCCUGCGAAUUGUCAAGAGUUCUUAGACAAACGGCUACAAGUACGGUGGGAAAUGAGAGGAGAUUACGUUCAAAUCACACUGGCAGCGAAAAUCCGUGAAGAUCAAUACGUCGCGUUUGGACUCUCGGGGGCUCCCACCAAGUCGCAAAUGGUCGGCGGAGACGUGACGGUCGCUUUCUACGACACGAACUCUCGAACUUUCAAAGCUGUGGAUUACUACAUGUCCACAACGGCCCAAUGUGACGGCAAGUCUGGCGUUUGUCCCGACGAACGCAUCGGCGGCCGAAACGACGUCACCCUGGUCUCAGGCGACCGCAAAAACGGCAUCACCACCAUCACCUACAUGAGACCGCUCCAAACCAACGAAGCCGUCAACGACAGGCCCAUACCCAGCCAGGGGAACAUCAGCGUGAUCGCCGCCUUCGGGCCCCUCAACUCCCGCAAGGAGGCCAACGCUCAUUCCAUAAGAGACAAGACGGAAGGCGAUUACAUGAUCGAUUUCAGCGACGUCGACCACAACAUGUGCAGCGGCGAUUUGGACGAGUUGGACGACGAGGACGAGAUCAAGCCCUGGCCGCCGGCCAAGAUCACAGGGGAAAGCACCUUCACGGCGAAAAUCGGGCCAACGGGCGGCAAGCGGGGCUACACAGCCAUCACGGGGCAGCCUUCCUGGGGCAUCGCCUGGUACAUCAAUGACCUCCUAAUCCCCGAAAUAACCGUAGAACGCGGCCAAACCUACACCUUCAUAGUCGAAGGGGGUAGUGAUAGCAGCAAUCCGGCGCGAUACCACCCUUUCUACAUCACCGACUCGGUGGAGGGCGGUUUUGGCCAAAAAAGCGAAGAGGAGAAGCGCCAGCAAAAAGUCUAUGCUGGGGUCGAAUACGACCGUGAAGGCUACCCCUAUCCCACAGCCUCAGGGAGGUACUGCGAGCUGGCACACAAGAGCAUAGACAAGUCGGCCGAGUCGGAGACCUUCGAGGAGUAUUUGGACACGCUGAGGCUGGAGUGCGACCAGGGAGAGCCGGGGUAUCUGAACUGGACGGUGCCGAUGGACGCUCCCGAUCUGCUCUACUAUCAAUGCUAUACGCAUAAUAAUCUAGGUUGGAAGAUACACGUGGUCAAUCCAGGGGCGUCGCAGAGCAACGGGGAGGCGCCGUCUAGGAGCGUCUCGAUAAUUGCACUUGCUGCUAUCUGUCUACUGACGGUUUCAGCCAUCACAAUACAUUCUCGUGGCCGUAUUUUCUAACGUUUUGAUGAAAAUCGCGACAAUAAUUUUAUAUGAUGUUGACUGAUUAAGUAUUUCUGUGACGAGACAAUAACUUUAUCUUCUAAUAAUGCGUCCAUAUCAGCUAAAUAUCGUGGUGCAAUUGACAGUUCCAAAAACGUAACUCUUCUUUUUUGUUUAUUAAAGGUUCUACAAUAACAUAUCUGGUUCUGACGCCAAAAGACAUGGAUUUCCGAUUGUUUGUUGGGUUUGUUUUCGUUGGUCAUUUUGAGUCUGGAAAGAAUUUUGAAGCUCACAUUCUACAGAGAAUUUAAAAAAAGAUAAUUGAGAAAAAAAUCCGAAGAGAAUCAAGUAUACGUUGAUUUUUUUUAUUUUAAAACAACGAUGGAAAAUUUAAAAAGAAAGAUUAUAAAAGAAAUAUUCAGACUCGGAGAAGUCAGAGGUACUGGAGAGAAUCUUUUAAAGCUCAAAACCCUUAUUUCUUCUCUAAAGAAAGUUUUGAGAAAGAAAUUAAUAUUGAAGAUCAAUUUUAAACUCUUAAGGAAAAAAAAAGGAAAAGAAAUUAAGAGUAUAAAAAUAAAGUAAAUGUUGAAAUUUGAGAAAUAUAGAUCAUAGAACAAACAAUCAAAGAGUCAGACACUGGAGAGAAUCUCAAUUUCUUUAUUUCCUUUCUACAGAGAGUUUUAUAAGAAAAGACUUUGAGGUUUGUUGAAAUCUACUUUUUCUAAAUAAAAUUUUGUCUUAAAAAGCUAACUAAAUUUCGAAUAACAAACUGCAAAUCUGCAAAAAAAAAUUAUUAAAAAGUUUAAGGGAAAAAUAACGCCAUUUUAGUGAUUUUUUAGUUUUUUUUUUUAACAGAAUUUUGUGUAAUAAUGUUGCGUUUCUGGUUUAAAAACGUCUUAAAGCAAUCUCAGAAAGAUAAUACUUUUUCUGAACUUUGAAACGCGCCUAUACAUGCUCAAAAAAGGUGUCACAACAAAUAAAAUUCAAUAAGUCAGUGUCUUACUACAAUAAACAAUACGGAAAAACAAAAACUUAACUUUGGAAUAAAAUUUUAAAAUAAUUACAUUAAAAAUCUUACGAAACACCUAACAAUCUUGGAGUCUGAUCUACUUGAAGGAGUAAGGGUUUGGGUGAAAUGUCUUGAGAAAAACGCAAAUUUUAAGAAAAAAUCAAGAUUAAGACAAACAGCUGGAGAUUUCGUGACUUUUCGCUUACAAUUUAUCAAGUCCUCAAAUAACCCUUGACAGCUGUUGAAGUGUUAAAACUGGGAUACCUGUAUGAAGCAUAUCGGAAACCCUUACCAAAGAAUUAUUUAAUUUGUUUGCUGAUUUCGAGGCAAGGGACACGCAUGAAAAAAGGAACCAAGAAAAUUAUCGUGCAAACAUAUCAAAGACUUUGUAGAAUCUUUCCUUUGUAGGUUUUUCUCCUAAUUUUGUGUUUUUUGAAUCAGUGGUGAAAGGAUUGUCAAGAGAAGUACAUCACUGUUUCGCGUAUUUUUUGCUAGAGUACUAGUAGAUUGAAAUUUUUGUUGAUUAUGUAGAAGAGUGGUUGCAAAGUCUUACCCAAAUCUAAAAAUAAUUGCCCGCAAUUGUCAUCUCUUGGGCUUUUUAAUGAAAUAAAAUUGUGUCUGCUUGCCAAUCCUCGCCAUAUAAUUUAAUUUUGCAGUUACGUUUUUGGAAGAAAAAAUCGGUGUUAAGUGGACUUUAAUUUUGGAUUGAUUAAAGUCAAUAUACCUACAUAUACAAAACAAGCGACAAUAAUUAUUGUACUGUAUCUACCUAUAAGAAUAUGUGCACAAAUUUAACGAUAAUUUCUGAAUACUUGUAAUAUAUAGUGAGCUAAUUCUAAGGCUGUUUUCGCUGACAAUAACAGUUAUUUUGUAACAUUUAUUACAUAUUUUAAAUUGAUGGUGUUCAAAAUAGGUAUGUUUCACACAUAUCCAUUCAAUUUAUGACAAUAACAUAAUAGUGUAGGUAUCUGUAUUUCACUGGAUGUUCACACGAUCAAAAAACCAGACAAUAAACGAAUUACAACGGAAACGACCAAAAAACUUAAAGUUUUUGGCAAGUGAACUAAAAGCGUCAAUUACAUAAAAUAAUGUCGCAAUUAUUGAUGCUAAAAUCAUUGUUGUUUUAUUUAUCGUAAAUCGGCUUGAUAUAUGCAUGUUGGAGUGACUUGACAAUAAUUGUAAAUAAUCGCAUUUUCGAUUUAAAAUAUUUGACCGUGUGAUCUGUACUUAUACAAAUAUUUAGGAUACUCCAUAUCAAAUGUUAAUUUUGACUCUUUAUUUACUAGUUGUUAUACAUUUUUAUAUUUUAAAACAAUGUAGUUAUUACUAGAAUAGCAAACGUUUAUAUACUGCGCAUUUAGGUGUUUUAAAUGGUCUUUCAGUGUUUUUAUUCGACUUGAAUUCUCGUCGUAGUUUGGAUUUUUUGAACGCAUCUCAUACUUAACUGCUUGUGUCGUGGUUGAUACGAGCAGCCGUUAGGCUUUAAGUAAUUACGCAAUUCAAAGGAAUUAAGUUAUUGGAGUGCCUUUUGUAAGAAAUAUUUUUCACUUUGUAAAACAAUAGUUCAUUUGGAUUUCUCAUUGACUCCAUUAUUAGAUCGUCCUAUAAAUGUACGCUAGUUAUCAAAUUUUAUUUAAAUAAAUUUACUGUGAAAUAAAAAA